AUGGCAAGAACACCUUUUUACGACAAAAGUGGAAUGAGGAAAGGGACUUGGAGUGCUGAGGAAGAUAGGAAACUAAUUGCUUAUGUAACUAGAUAUGGUUGCUGGAACUGGCGCCAACUCCCUAAAUUUGCAGGUCUUUCGAGAUGUGGAAAAAGUUGUAGAUUGAGGUGGAUGAAUUAUUUAAGGCCUGAUAUCAAAAGAGGGAACUUCACUCAACAAGAAGAGGAAUUGAUCAUCCAAAUGCAUAAAAAUAUGGGCAAUAGAUGGUCAGUCAUUUCGGCUGAAUUACCUGGAAGAACUGAUAACGAAGUGAAGAACCAUUGGCAUACUUCACUUAAGAAGAGAGUUCAACAGAUGAACACAGUCUCAAAUGAAGACACCAUUGUCGCUAAAUCUCCAGCUAAUUCCCAUAUCUCAGACAUCACUGACUCAUUAUCUCCAUUUUCAUCAUCCAGUGAUGUAUCUUCCACAUCUGAAAAUGAUUUUGGUUUUCUAGAUACGUUUAUAGAAUCCAUGGAUGAAAGCUUUUGGCUAGAUGAUCUUUCAAACACACCAAGUGGAAUAGUGCAAAACAAUACUAGUUGUGCUAUCCAAAAUCAAGAAAAUACCACUAAUGAUGUUUUCUUAGUGUCACAUAAUCAUAUGUCCUAUGAAAGUUUUGUUCUUGAUAAUGACUUUAGCAACUUUCUAAAUGCUUACACAGAGUCUACAGUUGAUAGUUUUUGGACUCACCCAUAUGAGGGUGACAUGUCCUACGUUCUAUAG